ACGCCAUCGUCGAUUUAACGCCAGGUUGACUAGGCAUCCAACCAACCACAACAAACUCCAAAUCUAUCCGACACUCUUAACACUGUCAUACCUCAUCACCCCAUCACAUUUACCUCGUGAAACCCCCCCAUAUUACAUCUCACCAUGGACUCUUUUACCGGAAACGGCUCAAACCAAGCCGCAUCAAACAACAACCAGCAAAAAGAAGAUUACCUCGACAAGGGCCUUGACGCUGUAGAGAAGAAGUACGGUGGUGCAACGGCUGAGGACACACAAAAGUAUCGGGGUGUGAAUGAGAAGAUUACCGAUGGUGCACGCAACAUGUUUGAAAAGGCGACUGGCAAGAAUGUCCCCGACAAGUUCUCCAACUGAGGACCCACCACCGACCACCGCGUCCACGCCCAACAAGAACGGGUGCUGGAAGGAUAGAAUGCAUAAGCUCGACGACAGGUGGUCCAAGGUCCGGCCGUAUGUUGAGAGGCUGAACGGAACAAUCGUUCCGUUGCGCUCAACAUACGAGCAAGACCGAGAACAACAAAUGGAGCUGCAUGCUGCGGUCCGUGAAGACCAGAGGCGUGGAAAGUUAGAUGAUAAUGAUACCUGUACGAAUAGGAAUGACUGAAAUCAAAUUA